CCACAUUUUUCUCUGGCAUCUCUUAUUUCAUGUCUAUCUCUGGCAUCCCUUUUCAAACCAUAUAAACAAACAACAGCUGUUUAAUUAAACAGUUUUUUACGAAAAAAACGAAUUAUUUCAUAACAAUUAUUGCAAUAAUUACAAUUAACUAGAAACUAUAAGCAGCCAUUAUGUUAUUUAAACAUUUACAAUUGUUAAAAGGAACCCCUAAUCCCUUAACAAGCCUAAAUUCAUUAAAAGGUUUAAGGCAAAUGUCUAUUUUAGCUAAAUCCAUAAAGUAUAACGAACACGGUGAGCCGGCUGAUGUUUUGCAAUUGGUGGAGCAACAGCUAGAAAAGCCGCAAAAUAAACAAGUGCUGGUGAAAAUAUUGGCGGCACCUAUUAAUCCAGCCGAUAUAAAUACCAUACAAGGUAAAUAUCCAGUAAAACCUAAGUUUCCUGCUACGGCUGGUAAUGAGUGUGUUGCCGAGAUUGUGGAAGUGGGAGCUGAUGUUAAGAGUUUAUCCAAAGGCCAGCGUGUAGUGCCUUAUGUUACCGGCAUUGGCACCUGGACCACUCAUGCUGUUUUCUCGGAGGAGCAGUUAAUGCCCGUAUCCAAUAAAAUUGGUUUGGCUGAAGCAGCAACCAUAACCGUAAAUCCCUGUACUGCUUAUCGCAUGCUUAAAGAUUUCGUUAAACUUUCUCCCGGUGAUUGUGUCAUACAAAAUGGUGCCAAUAGUGCUGUGGGACAAGCAGUACAUCAAUUGUGCAACGCUUGGGGCUUAAAAUCGGUGGGUGUGGUAAGAUCCCGGCCAGAUAUAGAACAAUUAAAAUCUUAUUUAAAAUCUUUGGGUGCUACGGAAAUUCUAACCGAAGAAGAAAUACGCACUUGCACCCUAUUUAAAGAAGGUAAACUGCCCAAACCUAAACUGGCCUUUAAUUGUGUUGGAGGUAAAAGCGCCACUGAAGUCACCCGCCACUUGGCUGACAAGGGUGUUAUGGUUACUUAUGGUGGCAUGUCACGCGAACCGGUUAUAGCUGCCACAGCUGCUUUGAUUUUUAAAGAUUUAGCUUUUCGUGGUUUCUGGAUGACCAGAUGGACCAAAGAAAAUCCUCAUUCACCUGAACGUGCGGAAAUGUUUAAAGAAUUGUGUGACUUAAUGGAACAGCAGAAAUUUGUUGCCCCCGUACAUGAAUUGGUGCCUAUGGAAAACUUUAAGGAUGCUGCUGCAGCUGCUUUAAAUUUUAAGGGUUUUACGGGCAAGAAGUAUAUACUUAAAAUGCAGGAUUAAGUGGAACUAGGCGAUUGUCUUUAAAAUGCGUAUAUAUUUUCAAAAUAUAUGCUAUUAUUCGAUAUAACAUUACCAAAUAUUAAAUUUGUAUAUAACCUCAAAUUAAAAACAUUUUCUUAGAAAAUUAAGUUAUGUAUGUUUUAAUGGGUUUAUUUUUCUAAACAAAUAUUUGUAGCUUGUGCCAAACUUUCCUUUUAAUAUCUUCAACCCCUUUUUUAACCUCAAAAUUAAUUGUUUUCUAACCUCAAAACUAUAUCGUUACUUUUGUAUAUAUUAACUAUGUUUCCUUUUUAAUUAGUUGCUUAAAAACAUUUAAUCAGUCAAACACGUCACUCCACAACUGCAUUCGACACUCCAUAGAAAUCUGUACAGAAGUGAAAAGGGGGAGGAUUUCUAAAAAAACGAAAUAAAAAGCAAUAUAACUAAAAAAAA